AUGACUGAACCGUCUUCGGAGAGUGUUUCAUCGUCGACCUCGGCUGUGGACUCGGCUUCGACUUCCCUCCAGCUCUCCCAGCCGGCCUCGUCCGCUACCGCGACCGCCGCAGUGAAGCUUCCGGACUUCUGGCAAAGCGACCCGGCUUCAUGGUUCCAGCACAUUGAGGCUUUAUUCCAUCUUCGUGGUGUGGACGCGGAUGACUCCCGGUACUACUUGGUGGUUGCUGCCCUGGAUCAGCAGUCCACUCGCCGGGUGAUGUCGCUGCUGCGUAGCCCCCCUGACAGUGGGAAAUACGCCGCUCUCAAGCAGCUCCUGGUGCGGAGAUACUGUCUGUCUUCCGCGGAGAGAGCGGAUAAACUCCUCAGCUUGUCCGGUUUGGGAGACUGUACUGCGGUGGACCUUAUGGACGACAUGCUCUCGCUCCUGGGCUCAGACGAAGGCGGUUUUCUUUUUCCUCAUAUUUUCCUGCGGCAGCUCCCACGUGAAGUUCGGGCUGCUUUGGCUAACUCCCCGCUUCUAGCCGCUGGCGAUUUCCGCGGCCUAGCAGAGGAGGCUGACCGUGUCCUGUUGGCUUCCAGACGGGUUAUGGUCCAAAGUGCUACGAUGGAUCCCCAGCAGAUGUCCCCAACGGACCCCGCGGUGGUUUCGGCUGUCAGCGCGAGGACUCGGCGUGGGAGCCCCCUCUGUUUCUACCACCGGAGGUUUGGCAUCAAAGCUAGGCGCUGUGUCCCGCCAUGUACUUUUGACUCUUCUGGGAAUGCAGUGGCGGCUGUGGGUGCUGGUGACCGAGAAGAGUUUGUUGCACCCCACGAGCCACGACAUGGCGACCCGUGGUGGUUGCGGCCCACAGCUAAGCGUAACGGCUCUGCUAUUGGCACUUUUGGUACAAAACGGACAACUGUUUGUUUCCACGGGCGUGAUUUCGAGUGGGACUUUGUAGUUGCUUCUGUGACUGUUCCAAUUAUUGGUGCUGAUUUUUUGUGUGCUCAUGGUUUGUUGGUUGAUGUUGCUAAUCGUAGACUCAUAGACGCUGUGACUUUUGCUACUUUUCCCUGCGAGUCUGGAGGUGUUGGGUCGGUUCCGCACGCAACUUUUUCAACGUCCGGCGAUGUUUUUCAGAGCCUUCUUGCUGAAUUUCCGUCUCUAACCACUCCAGCUUUUUCCUCUGCGGUUGCUAAACACGGAGUGGAGCACUUCAUUCCUACAAGUGGUCCGCCGGUUUUUGCGCGCGCACGGCGUCUUGACGCGGGAAAAUUGGCCUGCGCCAAGGAGGAGUUUGCUACUAUGGAGAGGUUAGGAAUAGUGCGGCGCUCUAACAGCCCCUGGGCCUCUCCCCUUCACAUGGUGCCUAAGGCUGAUGGAUCCUGGCGCCCAUGCAGUGACUUUCGCUGUUUAAACAACGUGACAACUCCGGAUCGUUACCCGAUCCCUCACAUUCAAGAUUUUUCGGUUCGGUUGUCUGGUGCGUCCGUGUUCUCGAAAGUGGACUUGGUGCGCGGGUAUCAUCAGGUUCCGGUGCACGUAGAUGAUGUGCCUAAGACCGCAGUGAUCACCCCAUUUGGGCUGUUUGAGUUCCUCCGGAUGCCGGAUGCCAGGCUCCUGUGUGAUGUGUCCACAGGUCGACCUCGCCCCAUAGUUCCGGCAGGUUGGAGGCGGCGGGUAUUUGACUCCGUGCACUCUCUCUCACAUUCUGGUGUGCGCGCGUCAGUUAAGCUGGUCAGUUUCCGUUUCGUUUGGCCAGGUUUGCGCAAAGACGUUAGGGGAUGGGCAGCUUCUUGUGUUGCGUGCCAGCGUGCCAAGGUGCAUCGGCAUACUAAAGCUCCUCUUGAACCGUUUCCGAUCCCUGCCAGGCGUUUUGAUCAUGUGCAUGUGGAUCUGGUCGGCCCACUCCCAUCUUCGAAGGGUUUUACUCAUUUGCUCACUAUGGUGGAUCAUACUACAAGGUGGCCUGAGGUGGUCCCCCUCUCAUCCACCGCAUCAGCGGAUGUGGUUGGUGCUUUCCUCUCGGCCUGGGUUGCCGGUUUUGGUGUUCCUUCGGAUAUUACUUCUGACCGGGGCCCCCAGUUCAUUUCAGAGCUUUGGACAGGGAUGGCGCGCUCCCUAGGGGUGCAAGUUCACCGUACAACAGCGUACCACCCUCAGGCUAAUGGGCUAUGUGAACGUUUCCACCGUUCUCUUAAAGCAGCUCUGUGUGCUUCCCUUGUCGAUGACAGUUGGGUGGACCGUUUGCCGUGGGUCCUUCUCGGGUUGCGUUCAGCCCCUAAGGAGGAUCUCGAUGCGUCUUCUGCAGAGUUAGUUUUUGGUCAGCCGCUUCGUAUUCCGGGUGAGUUUUUGUCAGAAUCAACAGCUUCGGUUUUCCGCUCCUCUAUGGACAGUUUUUUGUCCGGCGGCUCUUCGGCUCCUGGUCCAAUGCAUCAUUGUUUUCCGCGGUCGUUUGUGCCUUUGGCACUCAAUUCGGCUCGUUUUGUUUUUGUACGCCGCGAUGCCCACCGCUCCCCCCUCCAGCCUCCAUAUGAUGGUCCAUUUCGUGUGCUUGAUCGAGGUGCCAAGGGUUUUCUGUUGGAUAUGGGUGGGCGUAAAGAGUUGUUAACUGUGGAUCGCCUUAAGCCGGCCUAUGUUGUAGCAGGUGAGACUGUGUUACCCGGUCAGGUUCCCCGUCGUGGCCGUCCUCCUACCAGACCUUUGGCUCUGUCUCCUGCUGCUGACUGUGUCUCCCUGCCUGUGAUGGACCAUACUGUUCCUGUGCGCUCCACUGAUGACCACUCUGUUUUGCAGGUUCCUCGCCCUGACUCCGUGGUUCGGCGCAGUCGUUUCGGCAGGCCUGUUAAGCCCCCGUUGAGAGACUGA